UUACACCCCCAGUUUGUCAAGUCGCUCCCAAAUAAAAAAAAAGCACAGCAACUCUUUUCAUUCUCGCUGCCGUCUCCGGUAUGAACAGUUCUCGAAACAAACCGCCACAGACAGUCAGCAAGGGGCAGACGGACGCAGAUACCGGCUUGGAGACGAACCACAGGGAAAGAAAGACCGGUGGAGGAAUGCUGAAGAAGCUGAAGUCGAGGCGCAGCCAAACGGAGAAGUGGCCUGUGGUCACAGAGGAUGAACUCCGGGCUCUAGGAAGAGACAUUUCUCCCGACCAUGUCCUGGGUCUACGAGCUGUCACGGAAGACUAUCUUUGCAGACCUGAGGACAAUAUCUACAACAUUGACUUCACACGUUUCAAAAUACGAGAUCUUGAGACGGGGACAGUGCUGUUUGAGAUUGCCAAACCUCCUAACAGUGGGCCUGUGGAGAAUGAAGAGGAGAGUGGGGAUGCGGACACCAGUGCAGGGCGUUUUGUCAGAUACCAGUUUACACCAGCCUUCCUGAAGCUGUGCACUGUUGGUGCAACAGUGGAGUUCACAGUGGGUGACCGGCCCAUUAACAGCUUCCGUAUGAUUGAGAGGCAUUACUUCCAGGGACGCCUUCUCAAGAAUUUUGACUUUGACUUCGGCUUUUGCAUUCCUAACAGCCGCAACACAUGUGAACACAUUUACGAGUUUCCACAGCUUCCAGACGACCUCAUUCGCCAAAUGGUGGAGCACCCUUAUGAGACCAGAUCAGACAGUUUCUACUUUGUGGACAACAAACUCAUCAUGCACAACAAGGCAGACUAUGCCUACAAUGGCGGUCUGUGAUAAAUGAAGGGAAUAAUGUAUGCAAUACCUCCCAGGGGAUAGAUUUCCUGGAUUACAGAAGUAUUCUCUCCUAUUUGGACAUUAUUAUGAAAGCGAAACCAUACUUAAUUCAAGAACAACGGACCACAUCUGCCUUCAUAUGAAAUCACGGAUCCCUUCAUUAGCACCUCAAAAUCUCAGUUUGUCUGACUCAGAGGGAUGUUUUUGUUUAAUAUUUCUUUGUUUGUAUCUGACUGAAGCCUUUAUGUUCUGUAUUUUGGUUUGUCUUACAAGUGUCAUGUUACUGCUUGAACACUUUUGCCUUAAGUUUCUUGCCGUCUCUGCUGGAAAGGGACACUUGGAGUCACAGACCUCUCAUGGCAAAGCCUACAGACUGUGUCAGUUAGGAUUUCAUUUACUUAGAGGACCAGUGUUUAGGAUUUAGGGAUCUAUGUGCAGAAAUGGAAUAUAAUUAUUCCUUAUGUUUUCAUUAGUGUACAAUUACAUGUAACAGCAAAUUGUUGUGUUUUUGGUAGCUAAGAAUGAGCUCUUCAUUGCUACAUAGGCGGUGAGUCCUCUUCCGGUGCAUGUUCAUAGUUUUACAUUGAAGUGGCAGCCACCAUAGGUUCUCCAACAUGCUUGAAAAAAAAGGAGGUUGCAAUCUGCAGCCUUUCUGCUAGAUGUUCCAAAAUCCUACACUGGUUCUUUAAAAAUAUAGAUGUUAUCGGUUGAUGUUUGUUUGAACUACCUUUUACAAGCGACAAUUGUGUUUCCUGUAUGGAAAAGCGAGCAUUAACUAGAUGUCUUACAGUAUUGUUAGUAAUAGGUGACCAUGUAGCACGAGUUAAUAUUGUUUCAUUCUUCCUUCAAUAUCAGUUGUGAAUCACUGAGAUUGUUGGUGUCAGCUAUUUAAACUUGAUGUCCAUUUUAUAUGGUACAUUGUUAAAUUGACCAAUAUUUAGUUGAGUACAUUUGAAUACAACUGCAUGUGCUAUUUUCAUGAUUUGAGGUGUCACAUUGAACUCUGUUUGUUCUUUCGAACUCUGGGAUACAUCAAAAGGAAAAGAUAGCAGUAGAAUCUAAGUUACUGAACUUUACACAUCUUGCUUUAGAUGCCGUCCAUGUCUAAAACGGUUUAGUCUGCUCUCCAAUGUGUCAUCACACGGUAAUUUAAUCCCUUCAGGUCUGUCUUUCUGGCUUAUUUGUCACAACAGCACUGUGAAUCUCAUUCUUUAUAGUAGCUGAGUUUGGCCCAAAGUGUGAUGUAUCUAUUAAACCGAUUGCCGAGUCUAUGUUCUGCUGCUUUGCGCUCAGGUUCUCAGUUUACCAGUGAAAUGCCACAGUAGCACGCAACUUGACAGUACAGAGUGAUGUAGCUGGGUAGUUGAUCUAUUUUUGAUGAGGCACUAGGGUUGGUACAGAGGUUGACCUGUCUUUUUCUAUUCACAGAAGCCCUGUUUAAAUAAUUAUACUUGUGAUUUUGCAGAUUUUAGGCCAUGUACUAAAAAUUGUACACAUUUUCUAAUACAAGUUUCGGGACUAUUAGGUACACCAUUUAAAGCAACUUUGCACAACUGCCCUCUAUAGCAGAGUUGAUUAUUUGAUUAUUAGUCAUUUAGUGUGAUGCUGUUGGAUUGUGUUUCAUCUACUGGAAGGUGAUCAUGAAAGGUUGUCCAAAAUUCCUGGAAAGCACCAACAAUGAAGAGUUUGAAAUUAGUUCCUGCUUGCAACAUUAACUCCAGCCCAAGCAUUCUGAAUAUGUCUGCUGUCAUCUGCUGGUUCCCUUUCUUUGAUUUUCUUAUUGUACAGAAAUGAAUGAAAAUCAGCAUCUACCCGUAAGGUUGGAAAGAAUUCUAAAGCUUUGAGUUGCUUGAAGGCUAUUUGGAAAUUUGCAUUUAAAUCAGGCAUACACCUGGAGAUUUGUAAUCUUUCAGUGCACAUGAUCUGGGCUUCCUCUUACUGUGUGCUCUAACAUCAAUUCCAUGUGCCUUGAAUCUAGGUGUUGAUUGAUUUUUGUUUUUUCUUUUACUUUUAAAGAAACUUGUAUUUCAUGCACCUGUCAGACAAACACAGCAGUAAGCUGAAGGGAUGAUAUUUUCACUCCUCAUAUCACGCUCUCUGUUACUGCCUUGCAUAAAACAGGAUGUUUUAUAGCCUGUGUUGAGCACGCAUUGAAACGUAAUGUAGCUUAUUUGUAAUUUAACAGGUGGGAUAUCAAGCACAUUUCGACAGGUGUAGUCUUUGCUCCAUGACACAACCUCAGUUUUUUGUGAGUUGGACUCAAUGGAUGUAUCUUCGUUCGGCUGCUGAUAAGCAGCACUGCUGUUGUGGUAGCUGGGAAGACUGUACUUUGUUUAGCCAUACAAUAUCAGUCCGUGGUAUUUUCUCUAAAUGCCUUUAUAGGUUUGUACACUUUGUAGAUCUGUGCAAAAAGACUACGUGACUGACACAAACAUUUUAUGGAUCCAUUCUAUAACCUGUUGCAUGGAUUCCACUUUUGUAUCGGCUGAUUUUACAAAUGACACAUGUCUUGUCAGAUUUGUUGUAAAUAAAAAUGACUGUCUGCAAAAUA